AUGAAAACAAAGCUGUUCUCUAAAACCCUAAUCCAAAAUCAAAAUACAAUCAUUACCAGAUCUUACUACACUAACAAAGCUAAUAAAACUACCUUGUACUCAAAAAUCAGUCCUUUAGGAAGCACCCCAAGUGUGGAGCCUGAGCUUGACAGUUGGGUCCAAAGUGGAAACAAGGUUAGCGUUGCUGAGCUUCAACGCAUUAUUCACGAUUUUCGUAAGAGAAAGCGGUUCUCUCACGCCCUUCAGGUGUCUGAAUGGAUGAAUAAAAAGGACAUUUGCAUAUUCUCGUCGAGUGAACAUGCUGUUCAAUUGGAUUUGAUUGGUAGAGUUCACGGGUUUGUUUCUGCUGAGAAUUAUUUUAAUAACCUGAGGGACCAAGAUAAAAACGAAAAGACGUAUGGUGCCCUUCUGAAUUGUUAUGUUCGGCAGCGCGAAACUGAUAAGUCCAUCUCACAUUUGCAGAAAAUGAAGGAGAUGGGCUUUGCCAAAUCAUCUCUCACUUACAAUGACAUUAUGUGCCUCUACACGAAUAUUGGUCAGCACGAGAAGGUUCCUCAGGUCCUAAAUGAGAUGAAGGAGAACAAUGUUUCACCUGAUAACUUCAGCUACAGACUUUGCAUCAAUUCCUAUGGUGCUAGAGGUGAUCUUGAGGGAGUGGAGAAGAUUUUGAAUGAGAUGGAGCACCAACCGGACAUUGUCAUGGACUGGAACACAUAUGCUGUUGCUGCUAAUUUUUACAUAAAAGGUGACCUUACUGAUAAGGCCAUUGAUACCCUGAAAAAAUCAGAAGCAAGGUUAGAUAAGAAAGAUGGAACUGGCUACAAUCAUCUGAUUUCACUCUAUGCUACGCUAGGGGAUAAGACUGAGGUUUUUAGAUUGUGGGAUCUGGAGAGAUCUGCUUGUGAGAGGCACAUAAACAAAGAUUAUACCAACAUGAUGGAAUCUCUAGUGAAGCUUGAUGAGUUUGAAAAAGCUGAGAAAGUGCUAAAAGAGUGGGAAUCGUCUGGCAAUUUUUACGAUAUACGGGUACCCAAUACCCUUGUUAUUGGGUACUCUGGGAAAGGCUUGUAUGAGAAAGCAAAAGCACUGCUCGAGGACUUGACUGAGAAAGGAAAGGCAACUCUCCCAAACAGUUGGGGCAAAGUUGCUGCAGGAUUUUUUGACAGAAAUGAGGUAGCAAAAGCUUUCAGCUGUAUGAAGGCUGCCCUCUGCGUUUAUGUGGAGAAUAAAGGAUGGAAGCCAAAUCAAAGGGUGAUCAAUGGCAUUUUGAGUUGGCUUGGUGAUGAAGGUAGUGCUGAAGAUGCAGAAGCUUUUGUGUCCUCAUUAAAGACUGUCAUCCCCAUGAACAGGGUAAUGUAUCAUGCUGUAUUGAAGGCAAAUAUAAGAGCUGGGAAAGAAGUGCAUAGACUUUUGGAUGACAUGAAAACUUACAAGGUAAAGGAGGAUGAGGAAACGAAGAAAAUCUUGAGCAUGAUACAGAAGUAA